AUGCGCGCGAGAAAGAAGAGUACCAGAGUUCGCAAUUGGAAAAAAACGACGACGUCGUUGUUGAGUCACGUUAGGGGGAAACACAAAAUUGGAAUAAUAUCGCGGCAAACCAAAGUGAAGAGUUUAGGGAAAGAGGAGGAAAGCGGAUUGAAGUUGUUGAGAGACGAGGAGGAAUAUAGAUCGUCUGAUGAGGACGACAACUCGUGGCGGAAGAGGGACGACGGAGGAAGAGGAGGAAAGACAACGAGUACAAUAAAGAGGGUGAAAUUCGCCAACAAACAAAAAUUUUCAGAGGACGAAGACGAAGACGAAGAAGACGAGAGAGGCGAAUUAGAAGAACAACCGUUCGUGAUUAUCAAAAGCACCCGCGACCCGACGAAAAGGAAAGAAGACGCGUACGAUAAGUUAUUCGCGAACGGCGCGUUCGAUAAGAAAAGGCUGCUGAGAUUCUUUAGGAGACGACCGGUGCGCGUGGCUGGGAGGAUGACGAGGAUAAUAACCGUGUUUCGGAGGUUGUCGAGGCAGUGGAAGUCGCAAGAUGAUUGGCCAAUGGAAAAGAGAACGCGGGCGAAGUUGUUGAGAGAAGCGCUGUCGAAACUUGGACCGGUGUUCGUGAAAGGUGGACAAACGUUAUCGCAAAGGCCGGAUUUGAUUGGCGAGGAGGCGGCGGACGCGUUGAAAUCGUUGCAACAAGAAAACGAACCGUUUGAAGACGCGAUUGCCUUUCAAACAGUUGUUGAGGAUUUAGGACAUUUAGGUCCUUUGGCGGAGAACCAUCCGUUUCAAGGGUACGAUCCGACGUUGAAACCGCUCUUUAAAUCGUUCGGGACGUCGCCGAUUGCCGCGGCGAGUUUAGGACAGGUGUAUAAAGCCGAGACGUGGGAAGGCGAUCGAGUGGCGGUGAAGGUUCAGAGACCAAACGUGAGAAAACAGGUGGCUUUGGAUUGGACGUGUUGGUCGUUGUCGUUGUCGGCGUUGCGGCGAUUGUGGAGAUCGACGAAUGAUUUGAGCGUCAUCGCGGACGAGGUUGGCAGCGGCGUGUGGCAAGAGCUCGAUUACAUUAGCGAGGCGAACCACGCGGAUGAGUUUAAUCGAAGACACAAUUGGUUAGGUUUCGUGAGAGCGCCCAAGUGGUUUCCAAAAUAUACCGGGCCAGCUGGUAAGGCGAGGGUUUUGACGACUGAAUGGAUCGAAGGCGCGCACAUUGCGGAUUUGCCGCAGGAAAAGAAACUGGUCAUGGCGCAAAUGGCUGUGGAGGCGUGCGUCGCGCAGUUGGUGUACACCGGGUUUGUCCACGCCGACCCUCACGAAGGGAACAUGAUGUUAGACAUCUCGGACGACUCUUUAGUUUUUCUCGAUUUUGGUUUAAUGGCUGAAGUGGACGGGAAAAUCAUGGAAGGGUUCGCGAAAGGCAUACAAAGCAUGAUUUCUGGCGAUUGGCGCCAAUUGGCGUUGGUGUUCCAAGAGGUGGGUUUCACGCCAGAAGUUUUCGAAAAGAGAAACCCAGACGAUGCGUUGAGAAAGAAAGUGCCGUACGUUGAAUGCACUUUGGAUGAGAUCGCCUUGGCAAUUAAAGACCAAUUGGAAAGCGAAGCUGGAGGGAGAAGUCGAUUUGGCGCGUUAGCGACGGGUUUAGCGAGACUGUCCGCGACGUACCAUUUUCUCACGCCGCCGUACAUCAUUCUCUUAAUUCGAACGUUCUUGACGUUAGAAGGUAUCGCCGCGAAAGCCGAUCCAAAUUUCAACAUUUACGAGGCUGCUUUGCCGUACGCAAUACGACGAGCGAUGGCGCCCGCAACGCCGGACGGGUUUGAAUCCAUGCGACGAGCGUGGUUAACUGAUGCAAACGCGUUGAACAUGGACAGGUUGAAGGAAUUUUUAGGCGGCGACGACGACGAAAGCGCCGACAGCGCGAAAGAGUCAGCGUCCGGACGCGACGGUGGUAGUGAUGUUCUCAUGCGUCCAACCGAGGAGAGCGAGAAGCUCAUGGCUCGUCGCCGAAGCGAAGUUCUCGGCGGCAUCCUCGGCGCCACUGAAGGCGCCGCUUUACGACGCAUUUCCCACGACGUCGACACCGGCAGCUUAGCCGCGUAUCUCUACUCCCCUGAAGCCAGUGGUAUACGCAAACAAGCCGUGAAAAUGCUCUCGGAUAUUUUGGUCAAACCAACCAAAGGCGGUACCAUCUUCAUCGAUAAGAAAGAACAAAAAGAAGACUCCUUAGAUUUGCCGGAAUGGCCGGAAUCCGAGGAGGCUCGAAAAAUCCGCGAAAGGCAGGAAAUCGCCGCUCGACGCGCGAUAAGCGUUCUCCUCGGCACGCACUUGAACCGAUUGUGGAAGUACCCAAUAAUCGCCGCGCGUUUAGCGUUAUCCAUCGCGGCGAUUACGUUGAAAGCGUUCGUGUUGGCGACGCAAGAAAUUUGCGUCGAUUUGUGCUCGUCGGCUGCUUCCAACGCGCUCGGUGUCGCGACGUUCCCGUUCAGAGUCGUUCGGAAUCUAUUCAAUAAAAACAACAAAAAGAGCGAUAGUGGCGAUGCUCCUCGCACCGCUUCUGUGUAA